AUGAAUGUUCCUCAACAAAGCUUGUGUAAAAACAGGUUCAAAGGAUCCAUGGAUGCAAUGUUCAGUAACCGAAGUCGAGGAAACCAAGCAAAUGUUGCGAAUGAUACCAAUCUUAAUUACCACAUUCCUCCCAAGUGUAAUGGUAGCUCAAAGCAAUACUCUUUUCAUCAAGCAAGGCACUACUCUCAACAGAAGCAUGGGUCAUUUCAAGCUUCCCCGGCCAGCCUAGGCGCUUUUGUGACUGUCACCAUGCUUGUCUGUAUCGUGUUGUAUGACUGUGCUUUUGUCAAAAUAGUACGAAAGUGGACUAGAAACCCAAGAGGAAUCACUCUCCUUCAAAGAUUAGGCAUGGGAUUGUCACUUCAUAUCCUUAUCAUGGUCAUAGCUUCAUUAACCGAGAGGUACAGGCUAAGCGUGGCCAAAAAACAUGGCGUGGUCGAAAAUGGAGGGCAAUUACCCAUAUCCAUUUUCAUCUUACUUCCACAAUUUGUGCUCAUGGGUGUCGCUGAUGCAUGUUCAGAUGUAGCAAAGAUCGAGUUCUUCUAUGAUCAAGCUCCCGAAACCAUGAAGAGCCUCGGAACUUCUUAUGCCAUGACCAGUGUAGGAAUUGGGAACUUUCUUAGCAGUUUUAUUCUCACCACAGUUUCUCACAUCACCAAGGAGCAUGGCCACAAAGGGUGGAUUCUCAAUAACCUUAAUGCCUCUCGUCUUGAUCAUUAUUUCGCAUUCCUCGCGAUUUUAAGCUCUUUGAACUUCAUUUUCUACUUGGUUGUGACCAAAUUUUAUCAGUACAAGGCUGAGGUUUCGGACUCGAUGGAAGUGCUGAGAGGAGAAUUGGAAGUGUCCAAAAAUAAGGUGACUAACCAUGUAGAUCUCCAGCAGUGA